AUGACAGGUCGCGGUGGUGCCUCCAUAUUUGGUAAACAGUUUGAAGAUGAACUGAGCCCAGAACUGAAAUUCACAGGUGCCGGUAUUGUGGCGAUGGCCAAUGCAGGACCAGACACAAACGGCAGCCAGUUCUUCUUCACUCUGGGACCCACUCAGUGGUUGGAUGGAAAGCACAGUAUUUUUGGAAGAGUAUGCCAGGGGAUGGGAGUGCUGAACCGGAUUGGGAUGGUAGAGACGACCGGUCAAGAUCGGCCAGCCGAUGAUAUCAAAAUCAUCAGAACUAAUGUACCCAAAUAAACAAAAACUGAUUUUUUUUUUAUACUGAUUUUUUUAAAUAAAUAAAUGUUUGUUAAAAGUUUCAA